AUGGUAACGGAAGGAACACUGAAAACUGGAGAGAAAGUCUUCGUCAAUGACCGAAACGAUCUCUUACUCACUGAUAUAUCCCCAGACUAUGUUUAUUCUGCUGCACCUUGGGAGAAACGGGACCCCGUGCCCUAUUCCAUCGGUCGCAUAAUCGAGUUCAUACCCCCCGAGGAGCCGGGAUUAGAGUGGCUUGGUUCUAUAGACCUACUGACGUUCAAGAUAAGGGAGUCGGAGAUCAUCGACUCUUACUUGCCGCCCUCUUCUCAGAGAUUAUCCCUUUCACAAAUAUUCGGGGGAAAUGACAACUAUGAGGUGAUACUCGCUAGCGAGAUACAUAACUUGCCUAGCCAGAUCAAGGAUGUUCUCGUCUCUCGUUAUGAGUUUGUCGUUUGUGAACGAGAGGCCCUACCAGAUCUCCAAGAUAAUCUUCGGCUCUGUGAGACCUGCGGAGAUUGGUGUCCAGGGCCAGAGUCGGUUAUGUGUGAACUAUGCAAGAAACACUACCAUAUGGAGUGUGUUACACCCCCGUUACUUUCGAAACCAUCCCGUGGUUAUGGAUGGUCUUGUGCGAGCUGCAAUAAUAAACGAGAAAACAAUGACCUAGAAGUCACGACGGGCAAGAAUCGACAAAACAAGGACCUCCAGAUAGCCGCUAUGAAAGCUCGGAUGAAGGUCAAAGCUAACAGCAAGCUUGAUGAAGAGGAAGAUAAAUAUUGGAAAGGAUGGAGUUUUAGAUAUUUUGGGUACGGUUAUCUUGAUCCUGAUGAUAUGAUCUACGUUCGAGCUCCAACGAGAAUUGGCAAGCAAUUUCAGACGGCAGUCCCGGAGACUCCUAUGGGUGCUUCCACGGAUCCUGAUAUUCCUGUUCGUGGUGAAGACGAGACCGUUGAGCUCAUGAGUGCCGUCAUACAUAUGACAGAAUCACAAGUUGAACGGCGCAAGAAUAUCCUAACUCCCAGGAUGGACCUUCAACAAAAUGUCGACUGGAUUGAAGAAGUCAUUCGACGAUUCUCUGAAGCAUGGGUGAACAAACAAUCCUUCUAUUCAUGGAAAGACGGUAAAGAACAGAGGUACCGAGAUAAAGAUUGGAGCGAGAUAGAAGAACAGAUAUUUGACGAGUCUGACCAUGCCCGAAAUCGUCCGGCAUUUUGGCCAUUGGAAGACGUAAGCAAUCCUAAUGAACAAAAGACGAGAACACUUCUAUCUAUCAGAAGAAUGAUAGAAGAGUUUACAUCUGUGCCGUUUGUCGAACGAGAGAAUCAGAGUCGUGGUGGAAGGCUCCUCGUAAUCUGCCCACAAAUGCUUUAUGCGACGAUUGUGGGAUGUUGUGGCGAAAAUAUGCCAUCAAGUCUGCCCGAGGCACUGAAAAGGAGAAGGACUACCUUACUCGAGUUCAAAAUCAACAUAGUCAAUUUGGAACUCCAGAACCACCAACAACAAGGUCAGGGAGCUAGCGGCACCGUCACCCCUUCAAGGCUAACAUGCUCUCUUUGCCGAAAGAGUGGGCCACAAGGCCAGGUCGUGAAGUGCGUUAAAUGUGGAUUUACUAUACAUUCCGAGGAAGCAACACCCGAUUGGACUUGUGAAAUUUGCUCAAACGAACAAAGCUUGGAGUCAAAUCUGUUGAACGAAAGAAAGGAGCACGCGAUUCAGCAUUCUUCCGAGCCGCUAAACCCACAGAAUUCCGUGGUUGGACUAGUGGAAGGAAUCGUUGGCAUACCCCCAAGAAAUUAUACUCAG